AAGACUUGGUUAAAGAAACUCAUUUAAGCAAAACUGCAACUGCGACGCCCGCUACAAAAAAAAACGUGUCGCUGCAUUUAUCAUACGCGCAAAGCCAACACGAAAUUCCGGCAAUCAAGCGAUAAACGUUUACAAAUAAAUGUAGUCGCAACACGCAAAUUAGCCAGCUAAAGUUGUAAAUGUAUUGGGAGCAGCGCCAGUGCCAGAUAAUCAGCGCCAACUGAUAAGCGACCCACUGAGAGCAGAUGGGACAGACACUUUCCGAGCCGGUGACCGCCAAGGAGUCAUCGUAUUGCCAGAAUCAACAGUAUCGCGUCGGCAGCAGCUGCAUGCAGGGAUGGCGCAUCAACAUGGAGGAUUCGCACACACACAUACUCGCCCUGCCGGACGACCCAAAGGCGGCCUUCUUUGCCGUCUACGACGGACAUGGCGGCGCAACAGUCGCCCAAUAUGCCGGCAAGCAUUUACACAAAUUCGUGCUCAAGCGGCCCGAAUACAAUGAGAAUGAUAUUGAGAAGGCGCUUAAACAGGGUUUUCUGGACAUAGACUAUGAGAUGCUGCACAAUGAGUCGUGGGGCGAUCAAAUGGCCGGAUCUACGGCCGUCGUUGUGCUGGUCAAAGAUAAUAUGCUGUAUUGCGCCAAUGCCGGCGACUCGCGGGCCAUUGCCAGCGUCAACGGGCAGGUGGAGACGCUAUCCGUGGACCACAAGCCGAACAAUGAGGCGGAAUCGAAGCGCAUCAUCGAGGGCGGCGGCUGGGUGGAAUUUAAUCGCGUCAAUGGCAAUCUUGCACUCUCCCGUGCGCUGGGCGACUUUGUGUUCAAGCGGGCGAACAAAAAGCCGGAAGAUCAAAUAGUCACAGCCUACCCGGACGUGGAGACGCGCCAAAUAAUGCCGGACUGGGAAUUUAUUGUGCUGGCAUGCGAUGGCAUUUGGGAUGUGAUGAGCAAUGAGGAAGUGCUGCAGUUCUGUCGGUCGCGCAUCGCCAUGGACAAGCAGCCGGAGGAGAUUUGCGAGGAGCUGAUGAACCAUUGCCUCGCCCCCGAUUGCCAAAUGGGCGGCCUCGGCGGCGACAAUAUGACCGUUGUCCUUGUCUGCCUGCUGCACGAUAAGCCCUACAGCGACCUGGUUGCGCGCUGCGCCAGCAGCAGCAGCAGUCGAUCAUCCAGCGGCCCGCCAGAUGUGAACACGGAAACGUCGCCACCGGCGCCGACAGCAGCAGCGGAAGCACCUGUUUUGUCGUCGUCCCCGUCGUUACCCCCGCAAUAAACUUGUUGUCGAAACCAAAGCGAAAAGUUCAACAAUGCUAGUGACUGCUUUUACUCUGUUUGUAAUACCCAUGCAAGAUAUUGUAUUAUUAUCCAUCUAGUAUUUUUCGUACCUUUAGAUUGUGCUCUACUCUAUUAAAGCUCUUUUCAUAUUUUUUCAAUAACUCGAAGUCCGCUCGGAUUCGUGAUACACUCUAUAAAAUAGAUUGGAAGCGAACUUUUUUAUUAUUUUACAACCCAACCUUUUUAAUUUUCCCAAACUUGGUCAAAUUUUCGAAUUGGAUUUGUUGAAUGAUCCGAAAAUCGGACUUUAAAUACCCAAAAAAAAUUCCCAUUUUAAAACUUUUUCAAAAAAAAACUUUAAAUGUAAAUAACUUGGUUAAGUCCGAUUUCGGAAAGAUCUGUCGUUUUGUACUCAUGAAACUUUCUACAAUAGAUUGGCAUUGAAAAUGUUUGAACCAAUCGUUGGUCGAGUUCAAAAAGCAAUAUCAUUCGAAAAUCAGGCUACAUAUACCCGAGAUAUAUUCCAAAUACACAAAACAUUUUCUAAACACUUGGAUAAUAUACAUAUAUAUAUAUAUAUAGAUAAGUAAUAUGUAAUUGUAUAAAGGAACAUUUUUUGUAGUGCGCGGAAAAAUCGUUGUAAAUUCCAUUUGGGUAAAAACGAUUUAACUUCGGAUCGAUCCAACAUAGUCAUGCUAGAGGCCUUUUUACAUCGCAAUAAUAAUGAUACGAAAAACUGAAAUAAACAAAUUAGAAAAAACACCAAAA